GUCAACAGUGCGUUGCCGUCCCACUGCGCUUCGUCAUUGCAACGUCUCGAUUUGAAUGUGCACCCCCCCCAUUGACACCCUCUAUCCCUCGGAUAAUGUGACUUGAAAGUCUAGGGCUGUCUCGCUAACUGACUGAGAAGGCUUGUUGACAAUGGCUCUUUCUUGGAAAUCCUUCGAUUUCUUCGACGUCAGCCAGGUCAAACUGCCCGACGAUGCCGAGACACGCUCCUUCUUCGAGGGCAACGAGAUUGCCAGCGUCUGUUCCGGCUCCGACAGCCUCUUCCUCGGCAGCACUGACGGAUAUGUGCGCAUCGUGGGCCCGAGCUGGAAGAUCAUGCGUAGCUUCCAGGCGCACGAGGACGUCCGGAUAUCACACAUGCGCCAGGUCGAAGGAACGAGCCUGCUGGUCACUGUCGCCGAGGACCUGAGCAGCGAGCCUGUGCUCAAGGUCUGGGCCCUGGACAAGCCGGUCAAGAAGACAGGAAUCCCGACCUGCCUCAGUACCGUGACCAUCCACAACGCGAGGAAGCAAUUCCCCAUCUCCGCCUUCGCGGCCUCAGAGGACCUGUCACAGAUCGCUGUUGGCUUCGCCAAUGGCGCUGUCACUGUCAUCAGGGGCGACCUGAUCAACGACCGUGGCGCGAAGCAGAGGAUCGUCUACGAGUCAGAGGAACCCAUCACUGGUGUGGAGCUGCGGGUGGACGAGAAACUCACGACCCUCUUUGUCUCGACCGUGUCUAGGAUACUCAAGUUGACUAUACUGGGCAAGGGCCAAGGCCAGCCGCCAAAAACAGUCGAGGACCAAGGCUGUGGUGUUGGGUGCAUGACGGUCGACGGGUCCACAGGAGAUAUUGUUGUUGCCAGGGAUGAUGCCAUCUACUACUACACACUGGAGGGUCGGGGCCCGCCGCGCGCAUACGAGGCCCCCAAGGAGCUGGUUUCUGUGUAUAACAACUAUGUUUCCAUCGUCUCGCCGCCGGCGUCGGCACGGUCGCAGGAUCCUGACAUGAUACGGCGGCGUUUCGGAGGCAGUGCUGCAGAUGCCAUCUUUAAUGCAUCGUCAUUCCUGUUGCUCGAGCCCGACCUCAAGGUGGUGGCGCACACCGAGACCCUCAUCUCCAAGGUCGUGGCCGUCUUUGAGCUGUGGAGUGAUUUAUACACCUUGACGCAGGAUGGCAAGAUACACAGGUACCACGAGAAGACGCUUCAGCAGAGACUGGACAUGCUGUACCAGAGGAACCUCUACCCGUUCGCGAUCUCACUUGCACAGACAGCCGGCCUGGAUGCACAACAGCAGAACGCCAUCUUCCGGAGGUACGGCGACCACCUGUAUCAGAAAGGAGAAUACGACCAGGCUAUGGUCCAAUACAUCAAAGCAAUCGACAACACAGAACCAUCACAAGUAAUACGAAAGUUUCUUGACACGCAGAGAAUACACAAUCUCAUCGACUACCUUGAACAGUUGCACGAGCAUGAAAAGGCCACGUCGGAUCAUACGACCUUGCUGUUGAACUGCUAUGCCAAGCUGAAGGAUAUCGACAAGCUGGAGAAGUUCAUCAAGCAGCCUGGAGAUCUCAAGUUCGAUCUGGACACGGCUAUCUCGAUGUGCAGGCAGGGAGGCUACUUCGAGCAGGCAGCAUACCUCGCCAAGAAGCAUGGUGAGAACGACCUGGUGGUCGACAUCCUCAUCGAGGACCUGAGGAGUUACGACGAGGCGCUCAACUUCAUAUGGCGUCUUGAUCCCCAGGAGGCCUACCCAUGUCUCAUGAAAUAUGCCAGAGUUCUCAUUGAGAACUGUCCCAAGGAUGCGGCCCAAAUGUUCAUCGACUAUUACACCGGCAACUAUCGGCCCAGGAUACGCCGCAUCGCUACCAACGAUUCAGUCACUCCCUCUUCGGUCGGUGGGGGCUUUGCCGCCGGCGCAGCAAGCGCUGUCCAGAAUCUCUCCAAUCUUCUCCCCCUUCCCUACAUGAACAACUCGGCCGUUGCUUCACCUCCCACGCAAGGGAACCUGCCGGCAACUGUCAGCGAAGGUUCAGUCCUCAUUGACACCGAUGACGCGCCUCCACCCAAAUACACGCCUCCACCGCCACGGACGGCGUUUUCAUCGUUUAUAGAUCAUCCUGACGAGUUCAUCGUCUUCCUCGAAGCGUGUCUGCAAGAGGACAGCAUCUCGGAUGCCGACAAGACCGACCUUUACACAACCCUGUUUGAAAUGUACCUGCACAAAUUCACAGACACGAAAAGCGAAACUGGCCGGGAGGAGUGGGAGCAGAAGGCCAAGAAGCUCAUCGAGGGCCGAGGGGCGCCGAUAGAAAACUCCAAUGUCCUCCUACUCUCCCACCUGUCUGAUUACCAUGACGGGACCACCCUUGUCAAAGAGCAGGCCGGUCUGCUGUCUGAUAUCUUCCGCUCCUACACCUCGGCCAAAGAUACCCGUGGGGCCAUGAAGGCAUUGCGCAAGUAUGGUGCUCGAGAGCCAUCGCUGUAUCCGGCUGCUCUAGCAUAUCUUACAUCGGACACGCGUGUGCUGGACGAGGCAGGUCUUGACGAGCUGGCCUCUGUUCUCGACAAGAUUGACAAAGAUGGCCUGAUGGCACCGCUGCAGGUGGUCCAGCUGCUCUCCAAGAACACGGUCGCGACCAUGGGGAUGAUCAAGCCGUAUCUGCACAAAACGGUGGAGAACGAACGAAAAGAGAUCGCCUCGAAACGGAACCGUGUCGCCGGGUUCCGGUCAGAAACCGAACAGCGGCGAGCCGAGAUCGCAAGUCUGGGCUCAAACCCCACUGUAUUUCAGGGUACACGGUGUCUGGUUUGCACACAGAUGCUGGACCUGCCGGCUGUGCACUUCCUGUGCAAGCACAGCUUUCAUCAGCGGUGCCUGCGAGGCGGAGACGGUGUGGACGGCGAGUGUCCGCUCUGCGCGCAGAACAACCAGACUAUCAGGGCCAUCAAGAGGGGUCAAGAGGAGAAUGCGGAUCGUCACGAAUUGUUCAAGGAUGAGCUGGAGAGGAGCGACGAUCGGUUUGCGACGGUCGCCGAGUGGUAUGGUAGAGGUGUCAUGGGCGUCCCGCAGAAUAUGGAAUGAUGAGUAUUUCGCAAGCCUCAAGGAGUUGCCUCCGCUUGUGCCGAUUGGGUAUUAUGAAUUGUGUUCUUUUAUCUGUCUAAUGAAGAUAUUGGCGAGAC